AUGAUGAAAGAACCCCAGCUUCCACCUCCAGAUAUCCAGCUAUCCAAGUCCGCAACAAGAGCAACCCGCUUCCUUGUGAUCGGUGCUGGAUCUCGAGGAAAUGCCUACGCUCGCGCUGUCACAAGAACAACACCAGGUACAAUUCACGCCGUCGCCGAGCCCCACGCCUUCAAGCGGCGCGAGUUCGGCCAGAACUAUAUCUGGGGCACGGACGGAUCCACAGAGGGACAGGAGUUUACAGAUUGGCGAGAAUGGGUACAAUGGGAGACAGAGCGACGAAAAUCCACCAAGGAUAGCCACCCUAACAUAAAUUCUACUACUCCUGUCGGCGUGGACGGAGUUUUUAUCUGCACAUUGGACGAAACACACGUUGAAAUCAUUCAAGCCAUUGCUCCGCUUAACUUGCACAUUCUUUGCGAAAAACCUCUCGCACUUUCAUUGGAUGACUGUCUAACAGUCUAUCGAACUCUCCAACCACCCGAGGGUCCGAACCAGCAACCCCGUGCACCAAAAACCAUCUUUUCAAUUGGACACGUCCUCCGCUACAGUCCGCAUAACAAACUACUUCGCAAACUCCUCCUAGAAGACCGCAUUAUCGGCGAUAUCGUCUCGCUCGAACAUACUGAGCCGGUGGGCUGGUGGCAUUUCUCUCAUAGCUAUGUACGCGGGAACUGGCGCCGCGCAACAGCCGCAGGGGACGGCUCUUUACUGACGAAAUCAUGCCAUGAUAUCGAUUUUAUACUAUGGCUGCUCUGCUCGCCCGUCUCACUUGAGAAUGCGCAGGUAGAGGGCCAGAAUCCGCAUUUCCCGAGGAGUAUCUCGUCGGCGGGAUCUUUGACGCAGUUUAGAAAGGCGAGGAAGCCUGUUGCGGCUGGUGGUGCUACGAAUUGUCUUUCUUGUCCUGCGGAGAGGGAGUGCAGUUAUAGUGCUGUGCGGAUUUAUAAUGAUCGGCACCUUGCGAAGGGGCAUACGGGGUGGCCGGUUGAUAUUGUCUGUCCUGACAUUGAAGAUGCAUAUAAAGGGCACGGGGCGGGUGCUGCGGAGUCACAGUUGCUUGCUAAGUUGGGCGAGAACUGGGAUUCUGGCACGCAUUCGGAUUCAGAGAUAGCGGCGCGGCCUUGGUAUGGGCGGUGUGUUUAUGAGGCUGAUAAUGAUGUUGUUGAUGAUCAGGUCGUUACGAUUGCGUGGGAUGAUGAAGUGGAUGCGCCGCGCCGACUUGCUAAGACCGCUUCGUUUCAUAUGAUUGCUCCGACGGAGAAACAGUGUGAGCGAAGAGGUCGGGUUUAUGGGACAAAGGGUGAGAUUGAGUAUGAUAGCAACAGGAUCUCGAUCUAUGAUUUCGCAUCGGCGAAGACUUCUGUUCAUGAUGUGCCGAAGCCUCCACCCGAGAGGGCCGAGUCGCAUGGUGGUGGGGAUUAUGGGCUUGCGGGACAGUAUGUGGCUGCUGUUGAGGCGGUAGUCAAUGGAGGAAUGGAUAUUGAGACCGCGCAGGCCCGGUUUGUCGGAUGCACAUUGGUGGAGGCGGUCCGGAGUCAUGCCGUUGUGUUUGCCGCAGAAGAGGCGAGGCGUGAGGAGCGCGUUGUGCGAUGGGGAGAUUGGUGGGAGGAGAAGUUGAAGGCUUCAGCUGCAGGCUCGAAGGCAUAA